AUGCAGUGGACGACUCUAACACCCUGUGGUGGUCUUGCCCCCUUCGGAUGCGAAGUAGAAAUCCAAGUUGUUGAUCGUAUCACCUGGUUAUUGAGCUUGAUUCAAGAUUGGGCGGCCAUGGCGUCACAGGAGGACGAUUGCCAUCCACAUAGAGAAGGAAGAGGGGAUUAUAGUGGUGUUUUACGGGUUGUUCUCGAUCGCUUCUUGAUGAUAGCCUUCCUUGGAUGGACGAAAGACGAUGACAGAGAAACACUGUUUUCGUCUUCGUCAAGCCCAAUGGUGGCCAACACUACUGACACCUUCCUUGGAUGGACGACGAAAGACGAUGACAGAGAAACACUGUUUUCGUCUUCGUCAAGCCCAAUGGUGGCCAACACCACUGACAUACCGGCCUGGACAACUUUAUACAAUAUGGAUGAAAGUAGUCAUCCAUGGCGUCGUCAAAUUGCCUUAUGCAAUCAUCUUGAUCGAUGGCUUUACAGCUAUCUUGGAAGUUGGGCAUCAGAGGACGAUGAAGAGAGUGGAAGUAGCCCCCGACUUUUCUUCCUCAUCGUCAUUGGCAAGGACCACUAA